ACAUGUUAAGAUUCCUUUGGUGGGAAAAUGGUGACCUUAAUAAUAAGAUAGCUGAAUACAGGAUGACAGCUCACCUGUUUGGAGCUACUUCAUCUCCAAGUGUAGCCAACUUUGCUCUUAAGAAAGCUGCAGAUGACUACGGGUGUGGAUCUGAUGCAGCCAAGUUUGUAAGAAACAACUUUUAUGUUGAUGAUGGUUUGAAGUCAGUAGCUACAAUGGAUGAAGCUGUCACUCUUAUUCAGCAGAGCAAAGAAUUAUGUUACAAGGGAGGUUUUAACCUUCAUAAGUUCUUGUCAAACAACAAAGAUGUAUUAGCUGCAAUUUCUCCUCAUGAGAGAGCAGAUGGAAUUAAAAGUUUGGAUUUUAGUAAGAAUGAAGACACACUGCCUAUAGAAAGAACUUUGGGAGUUGAGUGGUGCAUAGAAUCUGACACAUUUCAAUUUAGAAUAAAGCUGAAAGACAAGCCACUCACCAGGAGAGGCAUUCUGUCAACAGUGAGCUCUAUAUAUGAUCCAUUAGGUCUAGUGUCACCUCUCAUACUGACUGGAAAGCAAAUUUUACAAGAAUUAUGUAAGAAUGCAGUUGAAUGGGAUGAUGAGGUGCCAGAUUAUGUCAAACCUAAAUGGAUAAAAUGGAAGGAUGAGCUGCACAAACUAGAUCAGUUAAAGGUACCUAGAUGCUACAAACCUGAUGACUUUGGGGAAGUAGAAAAGGUUGAACUCCAUCACUUUUCAGAUGCCUGUCAAGAGGGAUAUGGCCAGUGCUCAUAUAUUAGAUUAAUUAGCAAGACUGGCCAAAUUCAUUGUGCAUUAGUAAUGGCAAAGUCACGUGUCACACCUCUAAAAACCAUAACAAUUCCCAGACUAGAACUAGCAGCAGCAGUGGUGUCAGUUAGAAUCCAUAAACUCUUGAAGGGAGAACUUGAGUAUAAUAAUGUGGAAGAAGUAUUUUGGACAGACAGCAAAGUAGUCCUUGGUUACAUUGCAAAUGAAGCAAAGAGAUUCCAUGUAUAUGUUGCAAAUAGAGUAGAAACAAUAAGAGAUCACACUUCACCAGAUCAGUGGAAAUUUGUAGAGACACAGUAUAACCCAGCAGAUCAUGCAUCUAGAGGCAUGACAGCAGAUGAAUUGUGUAAUAGCAAGAUCUGGUGGAAUGGCCCAGAAUUCCUUUGGCAACAUAGCAAAAUGGAUAGCCAUUCCCAGUACAAGGUCAUAAAUGAGAAUGAUCCAGAAGUGAAGAAAGUUGUAUGCCAUGCUGUAGGUACACAACAGCCCACAGAUAUACUAGAAAGACUUGAGUAUUUUUCAGAUUGGUUUAAAGCAAAGAGGGCAGUUGCUGUAUGCCUCAAGCUUCUGAACAGCUUCAGAGGAAAAGGUGAUGGCACUACUAAAGUAAAGGGAAACACAUAUAAGCCAGUAAAUGUAGCAGAAGUGUCAGAAGCUGAAAAUGUAAUUAUAAAACAACUGCAAGCAAAGGCAUUCCAGAAGGAAAUAAACGUACUGAAAUCAUCUGCUAACCAUAAUUCUUUAAUUAAAGGAGACAAUGGCAAGGGAACAAAAGUGAUAGACAAGACCAGUUCCCUCUAUAAGUUAGAUCCCUACAUUGACAAAAAUGGUAUCAUGAGAGUAGGAGGAAGAUUGAGGCUUUCUAAUUUGACAGAUGAAUCCAAACAUCCAGUCAUCCUCCCCAAAACAUCUCACAUAACCCAGCUGAUAAUAUGCCACCAUCACAAAAGGACAAAUCAUCAAGGCAGGGGCAUAACUUUAAAUGAAAUCAGGUCAUGUGGAUACUGGAUAGUAGGAGGAUCAUCCCUAGUAUCAAGGCACAUUUCAAAGUGCAUUAUCUGUCGUAAAGUUAGAAGUACAACACAGGGACAGAAGAUGGCAGACCUGCCUAUUGACAGACUAGAACCAUCACCUCCUUUUACAUACUCAGCAGUAGAUUUCUUUGGCCCUUUCUAUGUCAAAGAGGGGCGUAAAGAGCUUAAAAGAUAUGGAGUGCUCUUUACUUGCAUGGCAUGUAGAGCUGUGCACAUAGAGACAGCCAACAGCAUGGAUACAAGUUCCUUCCUAAGUGCAUACCGUCGCUUUGUAGGACGAAGAGGGCCCGUAAGACAGUUGAGAUGUGACCAAGGAACUAACUUUGUAGGAGCCAAAUCAGAGUAUGAGAAAUGCUUAAAAGAAUUAAAUAACAAUAAAGUCAGACAAGAACUCGUGAAAGAUCAGUGUGACUGGAUUGUUUUUAACAUGAAUGUACCCAAUUCCAGUCACAUGGGAGGUGUUUGGGAGAGGCAGAUACGCACAGUGAGAAAUGUACUCUCUGUGUUGCUUGAUCAGCAUGGUACUCAGUUAGAUGACCAAGAUCUGAGAACCUUCCUAGUUGAAGCAGAAAAUAUAGUUAAUGGUCGUCCCCUAACUGUGGACCAUCUUAACUCCCCAGAAAGUCUUACACCGUUGACACCCAGUAAUUUGUUAACUAUGAAAACAAAGGUAGUACUGCCUCCUCCAAGCAUUUUCAUUAAGAAGGACCUGUACUGCAUAAAGAGAUGGCGCAGAGCACAAUACCUGGCCAACCAGUUCUGGUCCAGGUGGAAAAAGGAGUAUGUGCAAUUCCUACAGCUUAGAAAUAAGUGGACAACACCAAAGAGGAAUCUCAGUGUAAAUGACAUAGUUAUCAUCAAAGAUCAGAAUUUAGCAAGGAACCAGUGGAAACUGGGAAGAGUAACAGAAGUAUCUCCUGAUCAUGAUGGCCUAGUAAGAAAGGUUAAGGUCCUGGUUUCAGACUGUAAUCUCGACAACCAGGGAAGACACAUAAAGGCAAACAGGACCAUCAUAGAGAGGCCAAUACAUAGUCUAGUAUUGCUGUUAGAAGGUAAUGCAUAAUAAUAGACCGGAGCAUCCCCGCCAAGGAGCCAAUGUAACAAAACAUAUUAUGUGCUAAUCCUAGUUUUAAGGUACAUACUAAUCUUAAUUUAAGGUAAAUUGUUACACAAUUUAGGGGAGCCAUGUUACUGUGUGUAAAGCGUAUGUACCUCAUGUGAUUAUUCCUCGGCAUAUAUAAGUGAAAUGUUCAAUAGUUUUCUAUUUGCAUGAAAACGUGUAAUAUGUGUGAGUAUCAGUAUUUAAUGCUAUAUUAAGCACCGAAGCCGAUGCUCACUUGUUGGUAGUGUGGGGUUAACCUGCUAGUCGCCUUCGGGCAUCACUCACGGCCAAGUCGCGCUCAGACAAAGACGGGCAGGAUGGUGACCGAGUUCUUACGGUCAUGCCUACCUCAUCAAUAAACGUCAGAGAGAGAACUGCCUUUCCUCGACCCUACGAUGAUGGGUGUGAUCAGUAAAACAGAUCACCUGAGAGCCAAUUGAUGCCCAGCCGGUGCGGCU